AUGCCUCCCAAGGAAGAGAGCGUUUCGGGCCUUUUGCGAUUCGAGCCAUCAUCCAUGACGUGGCGAUCAUGGCAAUUUCGAUAUCGUAAUUAUGUUAAGCUAAAGAAGGUCACCGACAGUGAUGAGCAGAAAGCUCUGCUCCUGGAUUCUCUUGGUGUUGAAGCAAUGGAGAUGGUGCACUCCAUGUGCUUGCCCAAGGAUCCAGACGAGUACACGACUGCGCAAAUUGUUGACAAGCUCGAAGCAGCGUAUGUGAAGAAGACCAAUGCCACCACAGAGUGGGCGAAUUAUUUUCGCAUCUCUCAAGAGCCAGGAGAAACCCUAUUGGACUUCUCAAACAAGCUCCGCAGGAAAGCGAUCCACUGUUCUUUUCCAGCAGACGUGCUGGAAAAGAAUAUGUCUUCGACCUUCCUGAAUGGACUGGCGAAUGACACCACGCGCCAACAUUUAAUGUCCAAAGAUUUCACCACCCUGGAGAAGGCAUUGGAACUAGCUCAACAGUACGAGCUAACGCGGAUGAAUGCGGUGGUUGGUGGAUCGAUCCACGUGCCACUGAAGCUGAACGGGACAGCCGUGUCACCUGUGCUGGAUACCGGAUCUGCGGUGACGAUUAUCACGGCAGACACAUGGAGAAGUAUCGGAGCGCCCAGAUUGAGCCCGUACUCCCAUCCCCUGCGAAGUUUUACAGGACAUCCGCUGAGUGUCAUCGGAACGGCAACACUGGAGGUUGUGCAUGGCCGUACACAGAAGGCGCUGCCGGUGGUGGUAGUCGGCCGCGGUGGAAAUGUCCUCGGGCGCGACUGGAUUGCCGCUCUGGAUCUCAGUCACCUGAGUCUACGCGACCUUCAGGACACUUCCGUGUGCGCUGUGAGCAGCAACCCAAAGUUGAAGGAGAUCCUGGAGCGCCACAAGGCAGUGUUCCGAGACGAGCUAGGACUCUGCAAGCAUUACAAGGCUCGUUUGUAUUUGAAGCCUGGCGCCCGUCCGGUGUUCUGCAAAGCAAGGACGGUGCCGUUUGCGUUCCGUGACGCCGUGGAGAAGGACCUGGACCGGUUGAAGCGCGCCGGUGAUAUCCGGACCUGCGCAGAUUUAAGUACCGGUUUAAAUGACUCCUUGGACGCGCAGCAGUACCCGCUUCCUACUCCAGAUGAGCUGUUUGCCAAAUUGAAUGGAGGGCAAACGUUUAGCACACUGGACUUAGCGGAAGCAUACGCACAAGUGGAGCUUGAGGAAGACAGCAAGCAACUCGUCGUUAUCAAUACGCAUAAAGGUCUCUUCCGUUACAACCGGUUACCAUUCGGUGUAUCCAGUGGCCCAAGCAUUUUCCAGCAGAUCAUGGAGAAGAUCCUGCAGGGAUGCGAGGGAGUGGCCGUGUACCUGGAUGACAUCAUCAUCACAGGCCGAACCGAAGAAGAACAUCUCCAUAACUUGGAGAAGGUGUUACAAUGGUUGGAAGAACACGGGCUUACUCUUAAACAAGCCAAGUGUCGUUUCAUGCAGAAUUCCGUAGAAUACCUUGGGUUUGUCGUUGACAAACGAGGCCGCCACAUUUCGCGCGAUCGCGUCAAAGCCUUGUUGGACAUGAACAGGCCGACGAACGUGAGUGAGCUCCGAGCGUUUCUCGGACUUGUGAACCACUACGGCAAAUUCCUGCCGGACCUAUCUUCAAAGUGCAAUGAAUUCCACAGCCUGCUGAAGGCGGGUGUUACGUGGGAAUGGUCGAAAGUGUGCGAAGCCAAUUUCAACGGGCUGAAGGAGGAAAUCGCCCGGGCCACGUUCCUUGUCCAUUUCGAUCCGGACAUGCCGCUGGUGUUAGCGGCGGACGCCUCACAGUAUGGUGUCGGGGCGGUAUUGUGUCACCGUUUCCCCGAUGGCACCGAACGUCCCAUCGCGCACGCAUCCAAGACGCUCAGCCCGGCGGAGAAGAACUAUGGGCAAAUUGAGAAAGAGGCGUUGGCACUUGUAUUUGGAUGUCGCAAAUUUCAUCAGUACAUUGCCGGCCGAGAAUUCACGUUGCUGACUGACCACAAACCACUUCUUAGUGUGUUUGGAAGCUGGAAAGGCAUCCCAGUCAUCACCGCAAACCGGCUACAGAGAUGGGCACUGUUGUUAAUGGGUUACACGUUUUCCAUACAGUACUGCCGCACUGAGGAGUUUGGUCAAGCCGACGGUCUCAGCAGACUGCCCAUGCACUCCACACAGCUGAGUGGACUCCCUGACCUGGGGAUGGACAACAUCCCGUACAAGCGGCUGGAGCGGGAGUUAGUACUGGUCAACGGAUGCAUUUGUUGGGGAAUGCGGACAGUCAUCCCUGAAAAGCUCCGUCCCGCCAUCCUGGCGCACUUGCAUGACGCGCACAUGGGCGCCAGCAAGAUGAAAGCGGAAGCGCGCGGCUAUUGCUGGUGGCCGCUGAUGGACAGAGACAUCGAGCGACUGGCAGGUGGUUGCCGGAUCUGCUCGGAACGCGCCAAGGAGACGGCGAAAGUUCCUUUGUCACAGUGGACCAUACCGGAAGCGCCGUGGAAGCGCAUUCAUAUCGACUUUGCGGGGCCGUAUCAGGGCACGAUGCUGUUCAUCGUGGUGGACGCCCUGUCAAAGUGGCCAGAGGUCAUCCCCAUGAAACACGCCACGACGGACGGGGUGAUCGAAUCGUUUCUGAAUCUGUUCAGUCGAUACGGGAUAUGUGCCGAAAUUGUGUCUGACAACGGGACGCAAUUCACAUCGGAACCGUUUGCCCAGUUUUGUGCACAGUUCGGAAUCAAGCACAUACGGACGCCGCCUGGACACCCACAGUCCAACGGACAAGCGGAACGGUUCGUGCAAACCGUGAAGGACGGUAUCGCAAAGCUGCGAUAA